AUGGCAGACAAACAAGUCGAUAGCGAAAUGAACGGCGAAGAUUUCACCAAGGAUGUUACCACCAAUGAUGUGGCGAGCUCUGAAAAUGGUGAAUCGGCUCCCGCUGCCGGUGCUGCAAAUGGUGGCAGUUCUGAAAAUACAGCCCCUGCGAGUAAUCAGCGUGAUGACGACAGGAAACUAUUUGUUGGUGGACUCAGUUGGGAAACGACUGAGAAGGAAUUGCGCGAUCACUUUGGCAAGUUCGGUGAGAUCGAGAGCAUCAAUGUAAAGACAGAUCCUCAGACGGGCAGGUCACGUGGCUUCGCCUUCAUUGUGUUCACAAACACAGAGGCAAUUGAUCAGGUCACCGCCGCUGAGGAGCACAUCAUCAACAGCAAGAAGGUGGAUCCCAAAAAGGCGAAGGCCCGACAUGGCAAGAUCUUUGUCGGUGGCCUGACCACAGAGAUUAGCGAUGAGGAAAUUAAAACCUACUUCAGUCAGUUUGGCAAUAUUGUUGAGGUGGAGAUGCCAUUCGACAAGCAAAAGUCACACCGCAAGGGCUUCUGUUUCAUUACCUUCGAUUCAGAGCAGGUGGUCACUGAUCUGCUGAAAACGCCUAAACAGAAGAUCUCUGGCAAAGAAGUUGAUGUGAAGCGCGCAACACCAAAACCUGAGAAUCAAAUGAUGGCCAUGCGUGGUGGAGCGCGAGGCGGCAUGCGAGGUGGACGAGGCGGAUACGGACGUGGUGGUUAUUCCCAUCAAUGGGAUGGCCAGGGUUCGUAUUCGGGCUAUGGCGGCUAUGGUGGUUAUGGUUCCGGUGGCUUUGCCGAUUACUAUGCCGGUGGCUACUAUAAUGGAUAUGACUAUGGUUAUGACUACGGUUAUGGCGGCGGCUUUGAUGGUGGCUUUGGCGGUAAUGGCUACGGGAGUGGCGGCGGCGCUGGCGGGCGCGGUGGCGGAGGUCCGCGCGGCGGUCCCAAAGGCGGCGGCGGUGGCUUCAACGGUGGCAAACAGCGCGGCACUGGACGCCAGCCACGACACCAGCCCUACUAAACGGGCCGCAUUUGGAGCCCGACAUCUACUUAUAACUGCAAAACUAUUUGAAUUUUACUUAGUUUAGUUUGUUAUGUAUACAACAAAAUCAACUAUAACUACAACUACAACAACAACAAGGAGAAGAACCCCCACAUAUAUACACUUUCGCAUGCGCAUCUAUAAACUUCUAUAAGGCGACUGCUGGACAGAACUCGUAUUCUCAUGGCAAAUUGCAGUCCAGAGGAACAGAAAUACAACAACCAUACACACUUUGUUGUGUAGCACCAUUCCAACAACAACAACAACAACAAGCAACACUACUAUAGCAGAAAGCAGAAGGCAACUACAUGUCCAGGAAGCAACGCAUCAUUUAUAUAUAAUUAAAUAUAUAUAUAUAUACAUAUACACGCAGCAAGGAAUAGAGAGAGAACUUAGAGUUAGGCUUGGAGAAAUGUAAUUUUUCAGCAUGUGGCUAAUUUUUCAUAGCCACACGCUCGUUAAGCCAGCAUUGCCCACCAAGAGAACCCACAAUGUACCACAUAACAUUAUGCCACACCCACUUAUACUGUAUAUGUGUGUGUAUGUGGAUGAGUGUGUGUGUGUGUGUGUGUGUGUGUGGGGUCAAACUAAUUUGUUUUUUUCUUAUGUGCAGUCUCAUACAUUAUGCGAGGUAAUUGUUUAACUUGUAAGCAGGGUCAGACACACAUACACACAUACACAUACGCAUAGGGAGAUAAAUACAGCACACAUACAACAGCAACACACACACACACACAAACAAACACAUAGAGAUACGAAAUUCAGAAUUCAUAUACGGCAACCAUGUUUAAUAGUAACAGUAAAUACAUUAUAUAAAAUACAAUAGUCGUUAAGUA